UGUAACGUUAUUUGGUGAUUUACAGGACUGGGCAGGGGGCUCUGGGGAGAGUUAGCCUGAUUUGGCACUGGCGAUUGCCGAUGAAGACAUGAUCUUGGCCAAAUCCAAGGCCGUGCUUUGCUCUGCUCAACGACGAUCGUCAUCCCCGUCAUCCUCUUUUCAAAAUCGCUGCAUUUCCUUAUAUCCAACGAACCUUUCUCUUGAAACUUUCUAGAACAUGGCGGAUCAAUUGUCUGAAGAACAGAUAUCUGAAUUCAAGGAAGCCUUCUCUUUGUUUGACAAAGAUGGCGAUGGCACGAUCACCACCAAGGAGCUCGGUACUGUUAUGCGCUCACUAGGUCAAAAUCCGACCGAAGCAGAGUUGCAGGACAUGAUCAACGAGGUUGACGCUGAUGGGAACGGUACCAUCGACUUCCCAGAGUUCCUUACAAUGAUGGCGCGCAAAAUGCGCGACACCGACAGCGAGGAAGAGAUUAAAGAGGCAUUUAAAGUGUUCGAUAAGGACGGAAAUGGCUAUAUCAACGCUGCUGAGCUGAGACAUGUCAUGACGAACCUGGGCGAGAAGUUGACUGACGGUGAGGUCGAUGAAAUGAUUCGUGAAGCAGAUGUCGAUGGCGAUGGCCAGAUUAAUUACGAUGAAUUUGUGAAGAUGAUGCUAUCGAAAUGAUGUGGAAUGUGUCCUGUACAAUUACUUUAACAUUCUCUUACCCUUCUGCCCAAGUAAAUGUCAACCAGGAUUGCUCUCAUCUUUUGAACCGUCACGUGUGAAAUGAUGUCAUCCGUAUGAUUGGC